AUGGGAUGCACUCAAUAGAAAAUUUCAAAUAAGAAGGACUUAAAAAAUGGUGAUACCAAUAAUUUAUCAACUUUACCUAUGAUAACUGGUAAUAAAACAAUAAAAUAUCAAAUAAAUUAUUAUCAGAAAAGAUUAUCCUUAAAAUCAAUUGGUAAUAAAUCAAAUUAUCUAAAGAUUAAAGCACCAUCUUAAGAAGAAGGAGAACUAAAGAGUAAAUAACUGAACAAUCUUCACCGACAAAAUACGAUAAAUGA